AUGCCGCCCAAGAGGGCGCGACCCAGUUCGUCUGUCCCGGAACCCCGUGAACGCCUGACACUCGCGAAACUCGCCAGUUACGACGACGUCGCGACGGAUGCGCUGGUCGAUCAUGCUUACUUCUGGACCACUAUCCGCAAGAACCGCAACAAAUAUACCUCCGCUCGCGGUAUCCACGACGACGAGGUGGGUGGCAUUCUCCUCCACGAUGUCGUCGUUGCCAAGGACAUCCCCGGGGCAGAGCGCAAACUGUUGGAAUUGACCGGACUGAGGAAAUACUCGGCCAAUCUACCGAGUCCUCGUGAGAAAGAGUGGUUUCGCCGCCAUUUACGCAAAUACAUCCAAAUGUACCACCCGGAUUCCCCGUUCGAAGUAACCACCACCAACCGCUACCUCAUCACCCAAGCCGAGGCCGCCCUGUGCGCCCGCAAGUUCAUCAAGGCAGGCCAGGAGAUCAAAUACCUCAGUGGUACCCUUGUAUCCAUGACCAAGGAGGAAGAGACCGAUUUGGGCCUCACCCGGAAGGAUUUCAGCGUCGUCAUGUCCAGCCGUCGCAAAACCGCCUCCUUCUUCCUGGGCCCGGCCCGCUUUGCCAACCAUGACUGUGACGCCAAUGGCCGUCUUGUGACUCGAGGCACCGAGGGCAUGGCCAUCAUGACCACACGCGACAUCCACGAGGGUGAAGAAAUCACUGUCUCCUACGGCGAAGACUACUUCGGCAUUGAUAAUUGUGAAUGCCUAUGUUCGACCUGUGAGCGCAUGGUCCGCAACGGCUGGGCGCAGAAUGCCGACUCCGACGCGACCAGCAAGGAGUCAACCCCCGUAUCAGUCGAUGAAGCGGGUCCCGAGGAAAAUGAUUCCCCGAGAAAGAAGCGCAGGCGAGACUCUGAUGUCGAUUCAGAGGACCUGCCUUCUGUCUGCUCGACCCCGCGCAAACGCGCCAAGUUCUCGCGUCAAACUUCCAAACUGCGAGAGGAGAUCUCGCUCUCCGAAUUACCCGUGGAGUCCACCGCGACCCCUGAAACUGAUGCCCCUCUUACCCCGGGCCCGGAAAUCGAUAUCAAUCAGAUCCCGGCUGCCAUUGCGUCGUGGAGUCGACUCCCGAAGCCCCGUCUACAGAUGCUUUGCUCUCCUCCAUGGGGGGGCCCCGUGUUGUCAGAAUUGAAGAAUCCUGACCUCGCGGGCGCUGUCAAGGAAGCUCUCGCUCCUAUAGAUUCCAGUGAAAUUACCGACACACAACCUCCUGCACUAGGAGACCGUGAAUCACCCAGCUCUGUCACCGGCGAAUCCCAUCGAUCAUCAACCUCCAGCCAGCCCACCUCAGUGGACGAUCUCGCCAAGAUCGGGAGAACAGACCUCAUUGAGACUAUCAAGACCGAAGCCGAACCCAUCCCAGAGAUCAACGAGCCCGACCAUCUCACAGUCCGCGCACCAGGCGACUACACCCGCACACCCAAACUCCUCGGCCAAAAAUACGACCGCUGGGUCGAAUGCCAAACCUGCGACUCCUGGUUCGUCCAAUGCAACUCGUACCAAACCCGGCGCGAAUGUCCGCGCUGUGAGCGCCACUCCAAGCUUUACGGGUACCAGUGGCCACAGACGGAUAAAGGGCCCGACGGCGAAGAACGCGUUAUGGAUCAUCGCACUAUCCACCGCUUUCUCUCGAAUGAGGAGGCUAGUACGGCUAGGAAAGACCAGCGCGGUCUUAGUUUUGGCAUUACGCCUACGCCGGAACUCUCCGGUGCGGAGGAUGUUGAGCCUGGGUCUGGUUCCGGGUCGGCGUCUCGUCGUAGUACGAGGGCCAGUCGGCACCGGACGAGGGAGCUUCGCAUGACGAUGUGA